GUCCAGCGAAGGCUGCCUCACGAAUGCCUCUUUCGAGGUUCACCAUUCGAUCGCCGAGAUCUAGCCGCUCUCCUCUCUUCAUCUCUGUCACCGCGCAUACCAGGCCAUGAAUACCACCGUCAAGACUCGCCCUGCUAAUGGAGUCGCCGUCACGGCCCAGUCAGUCGCCUCGGGAACGUUCGUGAGCACCCAGACCACCCAGCAGGUCAAUCCACCCGAGGUCGGCACAGCCGGACCUGCUGCGAUGGGAAACGUCUCGUUCAACUGGAAUUCCGUCCGAGGCAUGUCCAUCAACCCGCUGUCGAAUCCCAAGGGCGUCAAGCUCACCUGCGAGCUUUGUGGGAAGCCAGCCUACAUCCAGUGCAAAAACUGUCGCGUCACAUAUUACUGCGACCACGACCACGAGAAGAUCGACUAUCGCGGGAUUCAUGAAAAGAUAUGCUCGCUCCUGGUCCCGCUGAGAACGCCGGUGGCUGUCCUCGGCUCCGAGGAGGAGCGAGCGUUGCGGGAAAAGCAGACUCGACAGCGACAGGUCCAUCUUUUGGGCCUCACCAAGACGGAGGCGCACAAGAAGCUGUUUGAAGGCCAGUACGACCUCGCCAUCCCAGCGGCCCUACAGGCUCUUCGGUUUUCGAUGGACGUCUAUGGACAGAACAGCAUCGAGCUGGUGCCAAGCUAUCUGCUGCUCGGCGAAGCCAGCAUCGGACUCAAGCAGUACAGCCAAGGCGACGAGUACUUGUCUCUGGCCAAGUGGGCGGUGCUCAAGUCGGACCACUGCGACAACGCUGUCCGCUCGCAGCUCCACCGCAACCUGGGUCUGCUCUAUUCAAGCCAGGGCAAUCUGGAUGCAGCACUGGAGCAGCUGGCCAGUGAUAUCUACUACUCGUCACUCGAGAAGGGGCCGAACCACAUCUCAGUGACGGGCGGAUACUUUCAUCUUGGGAAUGUCUUCCACAAGCAGAAUCGUAUCCCACAUGCCUACGCUGUCUACGAUAAGGUUGUCGAGAUCUGGAUCGACUCGAUGAAGCACGGCAACGAGACCUUGGAUGAGGCACAGCAAGCCGAGGCCAUCCAGAUUCUGACCAGCGUGUACGCCUUCCAGACCAACCAGACCCUCGAGGGCGGUCUGUUCUCCAAGAGCGUCCGCAAGAACCCAUACGAUGUGCUGUAUGCUCUGGCACUCGUCUACCGAAGAUGCGGUCGUUUCGAUUUGGCCAAGGAGUAUGGCGACAAAGCCCUGAAAGGCUACCAGAUCAUGUAUGGUCCAGACAGCGCCCCGUGCGUCGAACUGACCGCCACAAUCUUCUCGGAGGAUGCUCCCCUCAAGACGCAAGAAGCACAAUGAAUCCAUGUUGUGUCGUGAUCAGUACCAGUCAUCAGAGCGGACGAGAGGAAUGGCACGGGACUAUUAUCGGGUAGAUUUGCUUGAGCACAACCAGAAAUGAAUCGUGGGAAC